AUGUCAGUUUGCUUUCCUACGCUUGCUCGGUCGAGCAAGUGUAAGCUUGCAGAGAGCGGCCUUGGUUGGCGACCAUCGGGAGGCGGUGACACGUUCACUCUUGAUAGCAGCAACAUUGGCGCAGCGCAAUGGAGUCGGGCGGCCAAGGGCUAUGAGCUGAAGAUUCUGUCCCGUUCUUCAGGAGUCAUCCAACUUGACGGAUUUGAACAAGAGGAUUUUGAACGAACGAGCAAGGCCUUUAAGAUCUGGUAUGGCAUCAACCUCGAAAACCGUGAACAUGCACUUCGAGGAUGGAACUGGGGAAAAGCCGAAUUCACAAAAGCAGAACUCGCAUUCAAUGUCCAGAACCGGCCGGCAUUCGAAAUCCCUUACUCAGAAAUCUCAAAUACAAAUCUUGCGGGCAAGAACGAGGUUGCGGUCGAGUUUUCGCUUCCGGCCGAUGGGGUUACCGGAGCCAAUGGACAGUCAGAGGGCAGCACUAAAAACAGAGGCAGGAAAGCAGGUGCUGGUCGUGAUGAACUGGUAGAGAUGAGAUUUUACAUUCCUGGCACAGCUCUGAAGAAGGAGAAGCCGGAGGGAGAAGAGGACGAAAAUGGUGUUGACGGUGAAGAAGCUGAGGAACAAAAUGCAGCAAACUUGUUUUAUGAGACUCUAAUGGAUAAAGCCGAGAUUGGAGAUGUCGCUGGUGAUACCUUUGCUACCUUCCUAGAUGUGUUACAUCUUACACCAAGAGGUCGAUUCGACAUUGACAUGUAUGAAAGCUCUUUCAGAUUACGUGGCAAAACAUACGACUAUAAAAUCCAGUACCAGUCGAUCAAGAAGUUCUUCCUCUUACCGAAGAACGAUGAUACCCAUACGCUGAUUACCCUCGGCUUGGAUCCUCCACUCCGACAGGGCCAAACGCGAUAUCCAUUCCUAGUUAUGCAGUUGAAACUUGAUGACGAGAUUAGCAUCGAUCUGAAUAUGACUGAUGAAUUACUUCAAACCCGCUACAAAGACAAGUUGGAGGCCCAUUAUGAGGAACCCAUUCAUCAGGUCGUAACCAAAGUGUUUCGCGGUCUUUCCGGGAAAAAGGUCGUGAUGCCUUCCAGGGAUUUCGUCAGGUCAGCAACCGGUUUAUCUCAGUCCCUUUCUGAAUAUCGCAAUAAAAACUCAGGCCCAUAUUCCGAAAAUAUUCAAUCACCCAAUGGACGUCUUAGAUCAAAAAUAACUGACCCUCAAUAUAGUCACCAUGGACAUUCUGGCGUCAAAUGCUCUAUCAAAGCAAACGAAGGCCUUCUGUUCUGUUUAGACAAAAGUUUCAUGUUUGUACCCAAACCCGCGACGUACGUGCAAAUCGAGAAUAUAUCCGUCAUCACCAUGUCUCGUGUCGGCGGUGCCAUAUCGGCUAGCAGAACAUUCGAUAUCACUAUGACUCUUAAAGGGGGAAUGGGAGAACAUCAGUUCAGCAACAUAAAUCGUGAGGAACAACAACCGUUAGAAGAAUUUUUCAAGGCAAAGAAUAUAAGAUUUAAGAACGAGAUGGCCGAUGAUCCAUCUGCGCUUAUUGCUGCAGCUCUGGAUAACGACGAAGGCUCCAGUGAUGAAGAUGUGGCCGUCGGCAAUGAUCGUGGUUCCGCCGACGAAGACGAAGAAUCUGUAGAUGAGGACUUCCAAGCAGAGUCCGAAUCCGAUGUUGCGGAAGAAUACGACUCUGCGCAUGAAAGCAGUGGCAGCGGAAGUGAUGUUGACAUGGAUGAUGUGGAUGAAAGCAGGGACGCUGUGGCUGAUGACGAUGAAGACGAAAGGCCAAAGAAGAAGACCAAGGUCGCGAAAUGA